CUGGGUCCAGCCGGCGAAGGCUGCUGCGACGGACUCACCUGCGACAGGUGCCGGGCGGCCCGGUGCGGGAAGAUGCUGCGCGAGCGGACGGUGCGGCUGCAGUUCGGGAGCCGCAUUGAGGCGGUGUACGUGCUGGGCACGCAGCUCUGGACCGACGUCUACAGCGCAGCCCCAGCCGGGGCCAGAACCUUCAGUCUGAAGCACUCAGAGCAUGUCCUGGUGGAGGUGGUACGUGAUGGGGAAGCCGAGGAGGUGGCCACCAACGGCAAACAGCGCUGGGCUCUCUCACCCAGCACCACGCUGCGGCUCACCAUGAGCCAGGCCAGCACCGAGCCCAGCAGCGAUAAGGUCACCGUCAACUACUAUGAGGAGGAGGGCAGCGGCCCCAUCGACCAGGCUGGACUCUUCCUCACGGCCAUCGAGAUCUCCCUGGAUGUGGACGCAGACCGGGACGGCGUGGUAGAGAAGAACAACCCAAAGAAGGCGUCCUGGACCUGGGGCCCCGAGGGCCAGGGAGCCAUCCUGCUGGUGAACUGUGACCGAGACACGCCCUGGCUGCCCACGGAGGACUGCAGUGAUGAGAAGGUCUACAGCAAGCAAGACCUCAAAGACAUGUCCCAGAUGAUCCUGCGUACCAAGGGACCCGACCGCCUGCCCGCGGGGUACGAGAUGGUUCUCUACAUCUCCAUGUCAGACGCGGACAAAGUGGGCGUGUUCUACGUGGACAACCCAUUCUUCGGGGAGCGCUACGUCCACAUCCUGGGCCGGAAGAAGCUCUACCACGUGGUCAAGUACACAGGGGGCUCCGCGGAGCUGCUGUUCUUCGUGGAAGGCCUCCGCUUCCCCGACGAGGGCUUCUCGGGCCUGGUCUCCGUGCACGUCAGCCUGCUGGAGUACGUGGACGAGGGGAUCCCCCUGACACCCAUCUUCACGGACACUGUGACGUUCCGCAUCGCUCCGUGGAUCAUGACGCCCAACAUCCUGCCUCCCGUGUCAGUGUUUGUGUGCUGCAUGAAGGACAACUACCUGUUCCUGAAGGAGGUGAAGAACCUCGUGGAGAAAACCAACUGCGAGUUGAAGGUCUGCUUCCAGUACAUGAACCGGGGAGACCGCUGGAUCCAGGAUGAAAUUGAGUUUGGCUACAUCGAGGCCCCCCACAAAGGCUUCCCCGUGGUGCUGGACUCUCCCAGAGAUGGCAGCCUCAAGGACUUCCCCAUAAAACAGCUCCUGGGCCCGGAUUUCGGCUACGUGACCCGGGAGCCCCUCUUUGAGUCCGUCACCAGCCUUGACUCCUUUGGGAACCUGGAGGUCAGCCCCCCGGUGACCGUGAACGGCAAGACGUACCCCCUUGGCCGGAUCCUCAUCGGGAGCAGCUUCCCUCUGUCUGGUGGGCGGCGGAUGACCAAGGUGGUACGCGACUUCCUGGCGGCGCAGCAGGUACAGGCACCCGUGGAGCUCUACUCGGACUGGCUGACCGUGGGUCACGUGGACGAGUUCAUGACCUUCGUCCCCAUCCCAGGCAAAAAGGAAUUCCGGCUGCUCAUGGCCAGCACCGCCGCCUGCUACAAGCUCUUCCAAGAGAAGCAAAAGGAGGGCCACGGGGAAGCCGUCAUGUUCAAGGGCCUGGGGGGCAUGAGCAGCAAGAGGGUCACCAUCAACAAGAUCCUGUCCAAUGAGAGCCUCGUGAAGGAGAACCACUACUUCCAGCGCUGCCUAGACUGGAACCGUGACACCCUCAAGAGGGAGCUGGGGGUGACGGAGCAGGACAUCAUCGACCUGCCAGCUCUGUUCAAGAUGCACGAGGGCCGCCAGGCCAUAGCCUUCUUCCCAAACAUGGUGAACAUGAUCGUGCUGGACAAGGACCUGGGCAUUCCCAAGCCCUUCGGGCCCCAGGUGGAGGAGGAGUGCUGCCUGGAGUCGCACGUGCGCAGCCUGCUGGAGCCCCUGGGCUUCUGCUGCACCUUCAUCGACGACAUUUCUGCCUACCACAAGUUCCUAGGGGAGGUGCACUGUGGCACCAACGUCCGCAGGAAGCCCUUCGCCUACAAGUGGUGGCACAUGGUGCCCUGACCUGUGCGCUCCGUGCUUCCUCGGCCCUCGAGUUCUCCGGGCCCUUCCCCUGCCUGAGCUGGACUGAGCGGCCCUGCUGGGAGACGUGUGCGGAGUAAGAUAGAAUUUGGGGCAACUGUGCACAGGCCUCACCCUCCCUGGGCAGGACCUGCGUCACCCCAGUGAGGCUCAGCUCUGUCCCUCCUAAAAAUAGCUGGGUGUGUGGCCGGUGUGUGCAGAGCCCUGACGUGACAAACAAAACAAAACUCAAAAAAAUCAUGCAUCCAAACCAUUCCCCAAGAAUCCUUAGUCUCUACUCCAAACUGGAGUGGUGUGGGGGGAGGAGGAGGAGAUCCCCGGUCACUGGCUCUGCCAACAGCCAGACCCUAAAGUUCAAGGUUGGUAGCGUGGAAAGGGACCCUGGUGCCCCAGGCAGACCUGAGCUGCACUCAUUCAAAUUCAAAUUCACCGCCACCUGAAACUGUUCAUUCCUCACCGCCUCUCAACCCACCUGACUUUCUCUCCAAGGUGUAGACACCCUGGGCUAACCCUCCCCACUCCCUGCGGGUCCAAUAAUCUAGUUUAGAGCCUUCCCUGGAAACAAGUGUUCUCAGAGCUGGCUUCUGCCCCAAAGGCUCCCCAGACCAGCACGCGUGUGCGAGAGCUCAGCUGGAAAGCUGCCCGGUGCGCUCUAUCCAUCUCCGCUCGCCCGUGGCCUCCCUCCUCGCGUGCCUCAAGGCUGUUCCUUCCAGUGCCUGAUGCCAUCUCUCCAGGCAGCUAAACAGGGGCUUCUUAUCACCAGCCAGAUCCAGAGCUUCCCCAGGGCAGAAGGAAACUGUGUCCCCCUUCCAGAUAUCAGCCCCAACACUUACGCACCUUGGCCUGGCCUCCAGCCCCAGCCCCACUUCCGGCUGAUUGAUCACCCUGUUAAAAUUCAUUUGCCAAAGACCCUGCCAUUCAGACAUAGCCUCGUUCAUCCCCUGGCUCCACCCGAAAAGAGUCAGCUUCAACUAAAACAAAGUUCCUUUAGGGCCAGGAGAAUAAGUAAAUUGUAAUUCCACUUUGCAGGCUC